AUGGAUACGCCACCAAAAGCUGAGACGCCUGUAUGGACGGAGUCCUCUAGUUCAGCCUCUGAAAAGGGCAACGAGACCGAUCGCUCGCCGGAUUCACUGCCUCCGACUCUGCCCCCGGCCGAAGAUUUCAUAUUUGACGGCUUGAAAGGAUGGAUUACGGUCUCAGCGGCAGCAUGUUCCCUGUUUGUAUAUCUUGGAGUCAUCUACUCUUGGGGCAUUAUGCAAGUCAGACUCGUGGAAACAACAUCUUCGUCAUUAACCACCCUCACAUUUGUCGGCUCCCUGGCGACGUCAUUCAUGAUAUCCAUUAGCGUAUUCUCCGGUAUUUCUGUCCGCAAAUUCGGGUAUCAGAAGACCGCUUUGGCCGGUGGUGUUCUCAUGGGACUGGGCGAGUUUCUUGCCAGCUGGACCACGGAAUACGUUGGCGCGCUCUUUGUUCUCCACGGCAUUUUUUUCGGUGUCGGAGGAGGAUUGUCCAUUUUUGCAUGCUCGACAGCACCCCUAAGAUGGUUCAAGAAAUAUCGAGGCUUGGCAAUGGGUGUCGUGUUUGGCGGCGGAAGCCUGGGAUCUGCCGUCAUGAGCAUCGCCACCAACCUCCUCGUCAGGAAGCUGGACGUUGCCUGGACGUUCCGAAUUCUAGGUUUCAUGCUCUGGGCCAUCUGCAUUCCUGCUUCGUAUUUCAUUCGACAGCCGCGAGGAUCCGAGAACUCCACUCUCAAGCUUCAAUGGUACCGUUUUAAGGAGCUCAAGUUCCUCAUCAUUGUGGCCGGAACUGCCCUCUCAUGCUUCCCUCUGUUCAUUCCGCCAUACUUCAUUCCCAUCUUCUCCCGGUCCAUGGGCUACUCCAACCAAGUUGCUAUCAUCACCUUGGCUGCAUGGAACUUGGCCUCAACUGUUGGUCGUGUUUUGGCCGGCUACGCGGCAGACUCGCUGCUGGGUCCAAUCAACAGCUUGAUAAUCUGCCUCUUGUUUACGGGUAUCAGCUCGCUGGUCAUUUGGCCACUAUCCUCGUCAAUUGGCGUAUUUUCGGUAUUCCUAGUCCUCAAUGGAAUGGGAUGUGGUUCCUUCUUUAGUCUGGUGCCUCCCGUUAUUGGCGCCACGUUUGGUGGCGAAAACACUCUCGGCAUUUUGCCUAUUGUGUGGACAACAUGGUUUUGCGGUUUCUUCUUCGGUACACCGAUUGCGUCGGGACUCUAUUCGCUCUCAAGGGAUGGUCAGGAUGUGACACAGUACAGACCCGCGGCGUACUAUGCUGGAGGCAUGUCGAUAAUCGGGAUCUUGUUCAUUGUUUCCAUUCGCUUGAUACACACUAGGAGGAUAUUUGUCAAGGUUUAG